AUGUUCCCGCCUCCCGACUCUCACGAGCGCGCCCUCCCCACCGCUUCUCCGUCACAAAACUGCCUUGCCGCCCACCUCGUGGUCCGCGGCGGCUCUGGCCCAGACCGCAACCCCCCGGAACAAAAAACACAUCCUCCUCCCGACUCCCCUCUCGCCCGCGCGCUCCCUGGGAAGGCCUUAUUUAAAGGACGCGGCGGCACCGCCUCGACCCUGCGUGAUGGCGUCACCAGUGACGCAGUGGGCGGGGCCCUCUCCAGAUCCCCAGACUCCUGGUAG